AUGAACGGCAAUGUAGAGGCGUCCCGACCGAAGCUUAUGUUCGAAGUCUCUGCUUGUGAAGGGAGCGAACCAGCGCUUGACAGUCCUGAUGGUAGUGCUGCCCUCGCCCAAACUGCUGCUGAUUUAAGGAAGGCCAAUGCUAAUGACACCUAUUGUGGAGAAGGUUCGAGAAUGUUCUACAACUACAAGAUGCUGCAACAUGGAUUCCGUCCAAAACUGGAAAGCUAUGAAAAAGCUUUCGAGAAAUGGGGGAUUGGGAUUCAGCUCGAUCCAUCCUCUGAAUUCUGGUCGAAGAAGUUGGUUGGAUUCGCCUUAAUGUGGUUACUUCUGUUUCUGAACUUCUUCUCUCUGAAGACGUUCGUUUCACGGUUUCAAAUAGCCGCCUCCAUCGCCAAAGUUGUUGCCACUGGUCUUGUCAUUGUUACUGGAUUUUAUCUACUCAUUUUCAAAAGUGAUACACAAAAUUUGCAUGAUCCGUUCAUGAAUAGCAAAUGGAAUAUUGGAGCAAUAGUUUCGGCAUUGUUUGCCUGUUUAUUCUCCUACGACGGCUGGGAUAUCCUCAAUUUCGGUGCUGAGGAGAUUGAAAAACCAAAGCGAACGAUGCCUCUGGCGAUUGUGAUAGGCAUGGCAUGUAUCGCAUUGAUCUACGUAGCAGUCAACUUCUCUUUCUUCGUGGUUCUUACGCCCGCUCAAAUUUUGAGUACCGACGCUGUAGCAAUGACGUUUGCGCAUGAAGCUCUACACAAAGCAUCAUUCAUUAUGCCAAUCUUUGUCGCGGUACUUCUCAUUGGAUCUCUCAACAGCACGAUGUUCUCCGCUAGUCGCUACCUGCAAGCUGCUGCCAAACAGGGCCAUCUGCCUGCAUUCAUUAGCGGAAUCAACCCUACAACUGAUUCUCCCAGGACAGCUCUUACAGUUCAUAUUUUGAUUGCUAUGGUGAUGUCUUUCGCCGGAGAUCCGGACAACCUGAUACAAUACGUGUCUUUCGCACAGUGGUCUCAACGAGCAUGCACAAUGGGCGCUCUGAUCUGGAUUCGCUUCAGACAUUGGCCACUUCAUCCAGACAAAAUCCGGAUGCCUAUUGUUAUGCCUAUUUUUUUCUGUCUUAUGUGCACCACAUUGGUCGUUGUUACGAUCAUUGAUAACAUUUCCUCGGCAGCUGUUGGCUUAGGUAUCUGGAUAGCAGGUUUUUUCAUCUACCUCAUACUAAUCUUUGAUCGUGCUCUUCCAUCCAGUUCUAUGUAUAGGAGAAUUACAAGCAAAUUAAACGAUAAUACCACCAAAUGGGCCCAAAUCAUCUUUAAUAUCAUUCCAGAACGAAGCGACGGCAGUGAAAAAGAUUACGCUGUAGGCGGCAACAGCGACAAGGUGUUUUCCAUCAAUGCCAAGUCAGUGGCUCUCCCAAACUUAGUCUUUGCAAACUUGGAAGAUGAUGAAGCGAAGACGAGAUUGUAA